AAAGAAUAUUAAUUGGUAAAAGAGGAAUCCACACCAUUUUUUCAACUUAUGUUUUUGUUAGCUGUUCACCAAUGUGUAUUUUAUAGGAUAUGGCCUGACAGAGACAAGUCCAGCAGCAAUGGUUUGCCCCCGAAAUAAUUGCAAGCCUGGUGCAGUUGGAGUCAUGUUGCCGAACCUUGAAGGAAAGGUAGAAUCAGAAUAGUUCAACUAACAGGGGAGGAUUUGUAGGGAAGGAGGUUCUUGACUGCUCAUGCUCCCCACCCCCUUACACUUUCAUCUACCCUCUUCUUAUGUUUUACGUCAUAACCAAAACAAUCAUAUCAUUGUCUGUUGAUCAAGAGUCUCCACAAAUUGGUGGCAGAUGAGCUGGGCAGACCAGUGUCCCCUGUUAUUUAAUAGACUGCCUGGAAGCUGUAUAGAAACAGCUACACAGGAUAAUUACUUCGGCGGAGCGCGAAGUAAAGGUUUCGCGAUGCUCAGGAAUGUAUCAAAGUUACAAUUUUUUGACAAGAUUGGGCAUGCAAAGUCUGUAGGUUUUCGGUUUUAUUCGCCCAUUUGACGAAGUGAGAGCCGAAUUAAUUCGAGAUAUCUCGAGAUCACUUCGAUUUCUUUGAUUUAUUCUUUAACUUUUUCGAGGAAGAAAGAAUUAUUAUUUUGGCUUUCCCGGGGUUUGAACCGACUCACCUGUGUAACGCGUCAGAUCAGAGGAGACUCUAAGUUGAGGGAUUAGCCGAUUGCGCUACUGCGACCCAAGGUAGUUUGGGAUAUGAAAAAUAGUUAUGAAAUGAUGCACUAGUUUCGGGAGAAGAUUGGGCGUGCAAGUUCGUGACUUUUUGGCUUCUUUCAACUAUUUCACGAAAUGAGACCGGACUACUUUGUGAUAUCUUGAGAUCACUUCGAGUUUAUUCUUUAAUUACUCGUGGAAUAAAAUAAUAGAGGAUAUUUCGUGGCCGGGCAGAGACACGAAAUUUCUCUUCGAGUGUUGAAAAACAUUUCACGAGUGAGCCCUCCUUUCGAACUGUUUUAUGAUGAAUUUAAAGUUACAAAAUGCUGCAAAGAGACAUUUUUCUUUGUUGAGUGUUACGUACUAAAAUUGCUUUCAUGCAUUGCGUGACUUUCUCGAACGUUCUCUACGUUUUUGGAUUUGCCAUGAAUAAUUAAUUAGGGCAUGUUUACAUUUCAGCAUGAGUCAGCAGAUUUGCGUCAGUUACUGAAAUCAUAAAAUAUGUCGAAAAGUUACUAAGUAUUCGCCUGCUGUUUAGUACUUUCUAGAACCUUAUGUCAAACAGUAUACAAGUUCCAAGCGAAUUCUUUUGAAGAACUAAGUUUUUUCCCACGGGCUGGACUGCUGUGUUUAGGCAAGUGUGACGAAGGUCGAUUUUUGGGUAUUGUGUUUACAAGUUCGCGGAAGCCGUAAGAUAUCUGAAGUUCAAGUGAGAGUUUGUUGUUAUUGGUAGAGGCUGUUUAGUUUUACUCAAAGUUCAAGUCAAGUUUGUGUUGGUGGAUGGCGUGUUUUAAAGCUCUGUAAAGGCUAUGUUCCUUUGGUGUUAAACUUCCUUGUGUUAAUCCGACAUCCCUGCGUGCUGAUAGUCGGUGAAUAAUUAUCCUCAAAACAUUCGAACUCGUGACUUUGAGUUUUAGCCAAUUCCAUGCUCAACGUAAUCGACUCCUUACCCAUGCCUUACAUAUCUUUAAUCAGUACAUGAGACUGCCAUGCUGUCUUUGAAGCCUGAUGUGACUAAGAAAAAUUGAGAAUUGUUUUUUUAGAAGGAUUUGUAUGGAGUCAUCAGAGCAUAACUGGGCUAAUAUCUCGGAGACAAUUUGUCCCGAAAUGCUAGUUUUUGGCAAGUAGGCCUCUUGGAUGUUGCUCUUUUCAGAAUAUCCUGACAAAUCCCAUAAUUUAACAAAUUAACACCUUACUCUUGCCAUAUUUGAUUUCUUACUAUUCCUUCGCAUUUACAAUUAAUUAGUUCCACAACCACGACGCCGAAGUAUACGCUCCGUAGCGUCUUGUUGGGUAUGAAAACAGUAAGCAAAUGACAGAAACCAUGGACCCUAACCUUGAACAGUACAAUUUCCUACCAGGAAGAACGAAUGGAAUUAGAAGAUUCAAAGGAGAAAAGCAAUAAAAAAUUAUUGGUUCAAAUUUUCAAGUGGUUUGAAAAAUAGGUUGUACAAUGAUAUAAUAGUGUUUGGAUUUGGUGUGGUUUGAGAAAUUGGGAUUUUCUACUGUUGUAGGAGUAUUUUUUUGCAAAUGUAAGAGAGUAUAAAGUGAGUGUAGUGAUCACUUCUUUGGUAACUUCAUAAUAUGUACCCUACCGUCUUAAACUUUUAGAAUCUAGGUAGGAAGAUAUUUAUUUGUUGGUCAACAUAUUAAUAUCAUUUCUUUGUCUAGGUGGUUGAUGUUAAAACAGGUGAAGCUCUUGGGCCAAAUCAAAGUGGUGAGGUGUGCAUUAGGGGACCAUCAAUAAUGAAAGGUACUACAUGUAACAAUAAAUAAUGUUCUCCUUAUAGAUCUAUUCACCACAGUUCAUCACUUGUUUAUUAACCAUGAAACAUUAAGGCAAACAAAAAAAAACAAAAAACAAAAAAUAAAAUAAUAAUAAAGUGCAAGAUAAAUUAUAGUGGGAUUGUUGACUUCUUGAACUUUCAUGAUAUGAUGUUUACAACCAGCAUAAAGAAUGCAUAAUAUUAUUAUUACACCAUUAAAUUUUAAGAAUCAUCCUUCUUAACUCCGUGCCAAAAAAUAUACCCGGUAAGGUUAGCAUCUGUAAAAACAAAGACUUCCAGAACUUCCAAAGAUGUUAAUACAGUUGAAAUAAUAACAUCUUGUUUGUUUGUUUGUUUUUGUUUCAUGCAUUUUUCCUUCUUGUUUUAGGCUACCUUAAUAAUGCUAAAGCUACUUCAGAAUGUAUUACCCCUGAUGGAUGGUUUCAUAGUGGUGAUACAGGAUACUAUGAUGAAGAGGGACACUUCUACAUUGUAGACAGACUUAAAGAACUCAUUAAAUACAAAGGAUUUCAGGUAGCAAUCUCACUAUUUGUGUAAGUCUCAUCACUCUUGCAUGUUCAAACAUUAAUACCGAUGGUUUUUAAGCUUUUCAUCUACAAAAAUGUGAGAACGUGAAGCCACUAGUUGAAGGGAUUAAUCACUAUUUACUAUGAUUGAAUUGUUUUCACAGGUCCCACCAGCUGAAUUGGAAGCUCUCAUUCACACUCAUCCAAACGUAUUGGAUGUUGCAGUGAUUGGAGUUCCCUGUGAAGAAGCUGGAGAACUUCCUAAAGCAUUCGUUGUUCCAAAAGGUGAAGUUGAUAAGAAAGAAAUUACAGAGUUUGUGGCGGAGAGAGUUUCUCCUCAUAAAAAGCUUCGUGGGGGUGUGGAGUUCAUUGAGCAGAUUCCUAAGACUGCAAGUGGAAAAAUAUUAAAGAGAGAGCUGCGAGACAAGUAA